UUGGGCUCCUUCCAGUCAGAACAGGGUCUCCGGCUGCUGGAGUAACGCUGCUCCUUCACUGGAGCCCGACUAGAGUCAACUCACAAAAAGGACGCGCUUCUGAGGCUCGUUUUAGCUUCUAUUUCUUUUUUUUAUAUUUUAGUAAAGCUCACCUGAGCUGAGCAAAGGAGAAGCGGGACUAAACAGCUCUGUAUUUUACAAAAAAAAAACUGAAGAACUGAGAGAAAAAAGAAACGGAGAAAUAGGAGAAGACGGGGAUUGAAUGAGUUCCCUGACUGAUCUUCUUACUGGAUGUUUCGGGGUUUACGUGUUUACGUGGAUUGUUGUCAGGUGCUAAACUGAACUGAACCGGUCGGACUUCGUUGCCUGUACCCGUGGUGUGGAUUUAGCUGGUUCUAGUCUCUCAAAAGAGUCUAGUCUAAUCAGAAGAAGAAGAAGGAGGAGGAAGGAGGACAGCUGGACUUUGUGCGCUCCUGCGUCGGCCGAGGAGUAGCGCCUCUUGCCCAGGUGGCCAGUGUCCAGAGAGACACGCUUUUAUUUACUGAUUUUUAUCUAUUUUUAAUGGAUUUCUGAAGAUGCAGAGUCCCCCAGUCCAGUCGGAGGAGGUCGGCAAUCUUUGAGGAUCAUUUUUGGAGGAGAAUUGUGUACAAAUGAGAUCUUCUGAGACUAUUUCAAUCUCAGCUGAAGGGAAAAAAGAGAAGUGUUGAAGGAACAGGGCAAAAGGGCAGAUAUAAAGAAGAAGAACAAGGUUUGUCUCUUGACUACAGAGGAACACACAGAGAGUUGCUGAUGUUUGGAGUCAGCACUUGAAGACAUCUCUCUCUUCCACACUGUGCAAAGGCACAGAUUACCUCAGCAAAAUGUUGAGCAUCUAUAGGAUCAUCCUAAUGCUGUGCCUGGCAGAGUUGGCGUUCUCAAGAAGUGUGGUUUCUUCAGAAGAAGUUCGCUCCAAAGAUUCAAGAACUUCUCGUCACAUUCUUCAGCCAGGCUUCCCAGCGAACACCACAGUAAUAGUUGGAGGGCAGGCAAAGCUGGUGUGCAAAGUCCACCGGCCAGCCACGACACGUCUUCAGUGGUUUAAGAAGGAGAAAGAUGGCCUGGGAGCUGAUGGAUCACCACUCCUUAAGGCUCUCACUCCUCUUCAGGAGAGCAUCUCCAAAGUCAACAUUCUUCCUUUAGUGAAUGUCUCCUUGGAAGAUGCAGGAGAGUAUAUAUGCGUGGCAGAGAACGCUGCUGGACGGACUACUCGUUCAGCUUGGGUGGAAGUCUUAUCAGAAACCCUUCCUUCUUUAUCUCUGGAUUCACUGACUAUGCCAGAGGCACCAUCAGAACUUUCAGAGGAGCUAAAUGAAGAGACAUCAGAACACCUCCUCCUUGAGCCUGGUGAUGUGCUGAAACUUCGCUGUGAUACAAAUCGUCCCGGUGCUGUCCAUUGGUUUAAAGGAGAUUCCCGGUUGCAGCAUAGUGCUCGCAUCCAGAUCAGAGCAGGAGUCAUGGAAAUCACAGAUGUGACAUACGAGGACUCGGGCAUGUAUGUAUGCAUGCUUCGUGGCACCAGAGAGGCUUUGCGCAACUUCUCCAUCACAGUAGCAGAUACACUGGGAUCAGGAAAUGAUGAUGAGGACAAUGGUCUGGAAGACUCUGUUGCAGAGACGGAAAAUGACCAGGUCUACUUAUCCGGAGGACCGUACUGGACCCAUGUUCAGCGGAUGGAGAAAAAGCUAUAUGCGGUCCCAGCUGGAAACACCAUCAAAUUUCGGUGUCCUGCAACGGGAAUUCCUCUACCCACAAUCCGCUGGCUGAAGAAUGGCAGAGAGUUCAGAGGAGAGCACAGGAUUGGAGGAAUUAAGCUCCGACAUCAGCACUGGAGCCUGGUCAUGGAGAGUGUGGUGCCCUCAGACCGUGGGAACUACACUUGCGUGGUGGAGAACAAAUAUGGCUCCAUUGCUCAUAGCUACCUCCUGGACGUCCUGGAACGUUCCCCUCACAGGCCCAUUCUGCAAGCUGGUCUACCAACCAACAUCACAGCAGUAGUGGGAGAGGAUGCUCAGUUCCUCUGUAAGGUCUACAGUGAUGCUCAGCCCCACAUCCAGUGGCUGAAGCAUAUUGAGGUGAACGGCAGCCGUUAUGGACCAGAUGGCACACCCUAUGUCAAAGUUGUCAAGACAGGCAGUUUGAACAUGUCUGAGGUGGAGGUUUUGUACCUGACAAACAUCACAAUGGAGGAUGCUGGAGAGUACACCUGCUUAGCUGGAAACUCUAUUGGUUUUUCUCACCAGUCUGCAUGGCUCACUGUCCUAUCAGAGGAAGCAAAAGAAAUAGAUCUCAUGGAGACCAAGUAUACAGACAUAAUAAUCUAUGCCUCAGGAUUCCUUGCCUUGGUGAUGGCCAUUGUGAUCGUGGUUUUGUGCCGAAUGCAGGUCCAUCCAACUCGAGAGCCAUUCGAUGCCCUUCCUGUGCAGAAACUUUCAAAAUUUCCACUACGUAGACAGUACUCUGUGGAAUCCAACUCCUCUGGGAAGUCCAGUGCCUCUCUAAUGAGGGUGGCUCGUCUUUCCUCCAGCUGCUCUCCGAUGUUGGCUGGAGUCUUGGAGAUUGAGCUGCCCUACGAUCCUGACUGGGAGUUCCCGAGAGAGAAUUUAACUUUGGGGAAACCUCUCGGCGAGGGCUGUUUCGGCCAGGUUGUGAGAGCAGAUGCCUAUGGGAUCAACAAGGAUAAUCAAGAUCAAGCAACCACUGUUGCUGUCAAAAUGCUGAAAGAUGAUGCAACUGACAAAGAUUUGGCUGACCUUAUAUCUGAGAUGGAACUCAUGAAGGGCAUGGACAAGCACAAGAACAUCAUAAAUCUCCUUGGUGUUUGCACCCAGGAUGGUCCACUCUAUGUGCUGGUUGAGUACGCUUCUAAAGGAAGCUUGCGAGAGUAUCUGCGGGCACGUCGUCCUCCUGGCAUGGACUACACCUUUGAUGUGACCAAGGUACCGGAAGAGCAGCUUACGUUCAAGGACCUGCUCUCUUGUGCCUACCAAGUGGCACGAGGCAUGGAGUACCUGGCUUCGAAAAGGUGCAUUCACCGAGAUCUAGCAGCAAGGAACGUUCUUGUCACAGAGGACAACGUCAUGAAAAUCGCAGAUUUUGGCUUGGCAAGAGGGGUGCACCAGAUCGACUACUACAAGAAAACCACCAAUGGACGUCUGCCAGUGAAAUGGAUGGCACCAGAAGCCUUGUUUGACAGAGUCUACACACACCAGAGCGACGUUUGGUCAUUUGGAGUCUUGAUGUGGGAGAUUUUUACUCUGGGAGGUUCCCCCUACCCUGGAAUCCCAGUAGAGGAGCUUUUUAAGCUGUUGAAGGAAGGCCAUCGCAUGGACAAACCCUCCAACUGCACACAUGAACUCUACAUGAAGAUGAGAGAAUGUUGGCAUGCAGUUCCAACACAACGGCCUACGUUCAAACAGCUAGUGGAGGAACUUGACAGAGUGCUGCUUUCCAUUUCAGAUGAGUACCUGGACCUGUCUACCCCCUUUGAACAGUAUUCACCAUCUUGUGAGGACACUUCCAGCUCUUGCUCUUCAGACAAUGAUUCAGUGUUUACCCAUGAUGCUUUGUCCACCGACCCAUGCCUGCUCGGUUAUCAUGACGUGCGCUCACGGAUAGACCUGAAGACAACAUUACGAUAGAGUCUUAGCUGCCAGAGGACUCCGUCAACUUGUGGGAAAAAAGUUCGCUCUGAAAACUUUCACACGAGAAGUGUCACAAGGACUUUGGCCUUCAAUGCUCUGCCCAAGAACAUUAUUACAAUGCUUGGCACUACAAAACCGGUGAUGACAAAUGGCUGCCUCAGAUAAUCAUGUUUCUUAUAUAGUAACUGGACUGCCUGGUCAUGAAGCUAUUUAGUCUCGAUUUCUAUUGAGGAGGAGAGGAUGGAUGCUGCUUAUUAUGUAUAAAAAGUCACAAGUAUUUGAGCGGCAUAGAUUUUUUAAAAAAAAGAGAACAUUUAUUUUGAUAUAAAAAGCUGAUAGCAUUGUUAAAUAUAAAAAAUUCUCUAUAUAAGAUUAUUCUACAUUUUUCCUAUUUAAAGAGUUGUCUUAAAUCUCAGGAUCUCGCUUGGUAAAAUUGCUGUAGUGGCAGCAAAGUGCCUGGAUUUUGAUUUCCUGUGAAUAUCUUAAAAUAUUUUUCUGUACAUAUCAUUAAAUGUCAAUUACAUUUUAUAAAUUAUUGUAAAAGAUAUGAAAUGAAGGUGUUUCUUUGGUGAAGAACUUAUAUUUGUAUCGGACCCACAAACGAUCCCUGAAGUUGUAUUUUUAAUUCCAGAAACACAACUGAAACAGCUUUUGUACGCUGCUGCUCAGCCCAUUGUAUGCCGUCAUGGCAAACCAGUCGGGAUUCUGCUCACUAUGGUUUAAUUUAUACUGUUACAGACAGUUUGCAAGCAUGGUGUGCCUGCUUUCCUCACAAAAGCAGAGCACCAUUCAAGCCAAGACAAUAUCGGGGACCAGUGAAGCUUCCACUGUCAGUACUGUAUAGAGAGAAAAGAGUUGGAUUGAAUGUGAAAACCACCCAUGAGAUUGAUUGAUUUUAAAUAGGGGAUUCCUCCUUUGUUUCGCUGGGACCUUUUACCUAGAACAGUUUGUUUGCAAAGUCCAAGCGCAGGCUAAGGUGGACAAUAGGCCCAUGCAGUUGUAAUGGGUGCGACUGCAGGGCAGGGUGAUUGGGGGGCUGCCAGAGCCUGUGUGCAAAUGAGGGAGACUCUUAAUAUGGUAAUGGUUCCAGCUGCCCAUCUUUCUCCUGCACUGUCUUUCCCCCCCGUUUUAAUAUACAAAUGCUAAUGCUGGCCUUUUCGAAGUAAAACUGCAGUAUUCGUUAGGAAAUGCAUUGCCUCACUCCCAAGCUGAUAAGAAAGAGUUUUUCUCAAGUUAAUUUACACCAUGUUUUGCAUUUCCAGCCAAGGAUGCUCCUGCUAUUCCCUCAGGACACAUUUCAGUCCAACAUCCAGUUUUCUAUUUGGGCACAGUGGUGAAACCUGACUGAAAAUUUCAUAACUCCACUAAUAUGGCAGCUACACCAGCGCUCAACCUCCAUCUAAAUACCAAACCUCUUUAUUUGGUCCUAUGAAGUCAAAAGUUCUUUGUCUGAGAUGAAGAAAGCAGAAAGUCUAAAUGAUGAACUGCAUGACAUUCCAUGUACCCCCAUUUCAAUUUGUAACAAUCAACGAUGUUCUUAUGCAUUUGUUCCCUUGAGAGAAUUAUUUUAGAAAUAUCUAAUUUAUUUGUUUAUUGUGCUGUUUUAUAUUAAAUAAAGGAUAAUUUAAACAUC